AUGUCGACGUCCUCGUCGACAGCGGUCUCGGGACCGAAAAAGCAACGCGGAAUUUGCGGCGUACCCGCAUUUGCAGGGGUCGCCGAGCAUGCGUUUUCAGCCACCGCCGCCGGCGCAAGCAUUCCCAGGACCACCGUAUCCGAUGUACCCAUCACAAUAUAUGCAAUAUCCGCAGCAACAUCCCUCGGACGAAUUGGCGAUGCUAAGGGAUCAAUUGCAGUCCAUGCAGAGGACGAUUGA